AACACAGACAUAACAGCAGGAGUGAUCUAAACCUUCUACACGCAGACAUAUCGCCGAAUGCACUGUUGAGCAGACAAAAAGAUUUGCGUUAGAUACAUUUUAAAGUGGAUUUCUGUAAUCAGCCAUGGAAGAACUCACGGCGUUCGUGUCGAAAUCAUUCGAUCAGAAAAGCAAGGAGAGCAGCAAAGAGAGCAUCACGUACAGGGAAGUUUUGGAGAGUGGUUUAGCCCGAGCCAGAGAGCUGGGAAACUCGGAGACCAACCUUCAGGAGAUUACAGAAACCAACAAUAACCAUUGUCCGGUACACCUUUACAAGGAGCACGUAGAGCUGGAAAAAGAGAAACUGAAGGAGUUUAACGUUACACGGGCUACUGACGGAAUUUAUGACUGCAAAGACAAGAAGGAGGACGUGAAAUCAGAGGACGAGGACGCACAGAGUAAACUGAAGCAGAGACGGAGCAGGACAAAUUUUACCUUAGAGCAGCUGAAUGAACUGGAGCGCUUAUUUGAUGAGACGCAUUACCCAGACGCCUUCAUGCGCGAGGAGUUGAGUCAGAGGCUGGGGCUGUCAGAGGCCCGCGUGCAGGUAUGGUUUCAGAACAGAAGAGCGAAAUGCCGAAAACAGGAAAAUCAAAUGCACAAAGGUGUUAUUUUGGGCACCGCGAGUCACCUGGACGCGUGCAGGGUCGCUCCUUAUGUCAAUAUGGGCGCACUCAGAAUGCCAUUUCAACAGGUCCAAGCUCAGCUACAGUUGGAAGGGGUCGGAACACACUCCCAUCCUCACCUGCACCCACACCUCGCAGCCCACGCUCCCUAUCUGAUGUUCCCGCCCCCACCCUUUGGAUUACCAAUCGCGUCGCUGGCAGACUCGGCCUCUGCGGCGGCCGCCGUGGUAGCAGCUGCCAAGAGCAAUAGCAAGAACUCCAGCAUCGCUGACCUGCGACUCAAGGCAGGACUUCUUGGAGGCCACUGGCUCAGCCCUUUCCAGGCACAGAUCACAGCCCCAGGACCAUACAAAAAUGUCUGGAUGUCUGUCUGAAAACCAGCGUUUAGGAGAGAAGACUUUUAAAAAAAGCAAAAGGCAGACACAGAGUGAGGCUAGAGGUUGUUUGUUUUUACGGACAGACACUGAAACUUUGGAAUCUCAACCUCAAAGUGAAAAGAAAGAGACGGCCAUAUUUGCCUCCUACCACUGUGCCGCUGCCUAGUGCACGUGCUCAAUUGAAGGAUAGACCUAUUGGGGCUGGCCUCCAUUGUAACUGACAUACAUCUGUGUUGAUCACUGCCAUGAUAACCCUCCACUACAAUUCAUAUCUAAAGCCGUUAUUUGCAUUUUUGCAUUUUUGUUUUUCAUUGUUCAUUCUGCUGUGGACAAAGACUGGAAACAGCAAUAACAUCGAUGGUACAAUCGCCUGCUUUUUAGUGGAAUUUUUAUGAUUCUUUCUGUUUUGGGAGGAAAUGUUGCAUUGCUGUUAUUUCCUCCUGGGCAUGUGUAUGGACUUUAGCUUUCAUUCUCAUAAUUUGUGCUCUCUUCUUUUUUAUGUGAUGUGUCCUGGAAUAGAAGUGAACCUAGCUUUUGCACUUCAGGUCUUGUAUUAAGGUUUUACGAUCCUCAAUGCAACAUAUACUACUUUUAUGUAAGGGGAAAACAAAUUUGGCUUUCGUUUUGCUGAAAUACAUUGAAAUGACUUGUUUUUGUUUGUUUCAAAAAGGAUAAACAGUAACUGCAAUUUUGUGAUUUAACAUUUUAAGAAACAUCAGUUUAACUGAAAUGCAAUUAUGUGCAGUUAAGUGCAAUACUGUAAAUAUGGAAAACGUAAUAUAGCGUUUGAUGUUUGCUAAUUAAAUGAUGAUUUUUAAGUUGUUGGGUUUUUGGCACUGAUGUCGAUGUGUUGAAGUUCUUCGCCACUAACACAUCCUUAAAAGCUGUGUAAAAGAUCAUUUGCUAACUCGUUUGCAACGUGCCAUAACUCCCCGAAGUUCAAUGUUAUUCAAAUAUAGUUUUGUACACGUGCAUUUAAAGAGAUAUUGAUAUCACUGAAAACAGACAAGGAAGAUUCUUUUGACACUGUACAAAAUUGCUCUAGGUUCCUGGGUCAUAAACAUCUCUGGUUUUUAACACAACAAAAAAAUCAGCCAAAGACAACAAUUUGAUCAAAUUAAUAGAGGUAGAAUUAUUUAAUUUAAGGCUCCAAAACCAUUUCAGCAGCUGCAUCCACAGUCUUUUUCCCCUAUAUAAACAAGGUCUGUCUAUGGUUUCCUGAAUUGAAUACAAUAAGCUUCAGAAUUUGUUACCAAGAUAAAAAAACAAAAAAAAAACAGUAUUUUUUCCAAGACCGUACCAUGAAACAGUUAGCCAGUUCAGACAUCAAUUGCCUUUGAACUACGGUAGUAUCUUGGUCAGGUCUACCUCUAACAAUAAACGCUACAUUGUGGGCUGUUUUUGUUGUUCAUCAUUACGGUUGUUUAGGAAUGUUUCCGUUUCUUUAAUUGACGUCAUAAGUGCUUUUAUUUAUUAUUUUAUCUGAAAGUUUAUAAAUGUUAAAUAGUCGAAUUUCAAGUGUACAUAUUUACAUGGCUUUGCAUUUAUUUUUAUAUAUUUUUUAAAUGUUAACAUUUGCAACAGUUUUACGCGAACGUGUGACUGCAGUACAUUUGUUUGACUAAAAUGUAGCGUGUUUGAGUUUACAAACAUUUCAGGGAUGGUGGAUGAAACCAUCAGAUUUUGUGUUGAGAUUUUCUUGAUGCUCCAAGGAAUUUGUUGUAUCCCAUCAUAUUGCAUAUGCAAGCAUGCCCCAACAUGAUUCUCCAUUUAGUUUUUUUUGUUUUGUUUCUGUUGUUUCACAAAAAAAAAGAAAAAAAAGAAUGUACAUCUUGUACAAGUAAUCUAUCAAUAAAAGUUAUAAAUAUUUGUAGAGUUUGUAAAACUUUGU